AAAUUCAGUUGAAGUUUAAGUUUUGUGCUGUGUUGUUGAGUGAAGCCAGAAGCUCCUCGGCAUUUGCUCUAGUCUUUUUAUAAUUUGCAAAAAAAAAAAAAAAAAAAAAACUAUAAAAUUUUACAUAAAAAAAAUAAACAUAUUUGCAAAAUAAAAUUAAAAAUGUAAAAAUAUUAACAUAAUUAAACACAUGGAAAUUACAUACCAAGAAAAUAUAAAAGGAAACUGCUGUGAAUACUCUAUAAUACUUUUAUUUCUAGUUAAACAAGCCAAUAAUCAAAUAUUUUGGGGUAUAUUUUCCAUUUGAAAAGAAUACAUUUUCAAAAUUUGGAUAACAAAAAAAUCAUUUGCAAUGAUAUAUUAAGAAAGACAUUGAGGUAUAGGGUGUGCUAUAAUAUUUUGGAAUCAAUUCAUAUACAAAAAAGUUAUAAAACGGGAAGCAAACUCAUAAGAAGAACGAAAAACAAGAAAUAAAGUUGCACAGAAGCGGUGGUAGUGCGGAGGAUUAUCCACUCCUCUGAAAAUAUUGCUGGAAAUAUAUUGAAACUUCUUAACGAUAACAAAUUUAAAUAAUCAUGGAGGAUGACCAACAAUUUUGCCUCAGAUGGAAUAACCAUCAAAACACAUUAAUUAGUAAUUUUGAUAAACUUUUGGAAAAUGGUACAUUAGUAGAUUGUACAUUAGCUGCUGAAGGACAAUUUUUAAAGGCGCAUAAAGUUGUUUUGUCAGCAUGCAGUCCUUAUUUUGCGAAUCUUUUAAAAGAACAAUACGAUAAACAUCCCAUAUUUAUACUAAAAGAUGUUAAAUAUCAAGAAUUACGUGCCAUGAUGGAUUAUAUGUAUCGUGGUGAAGUGAAUAUAUCACAAGAUCAAUUGGCUGCCCUAUUAAAAGCAGCAGAAUCAUUACAGAUCAAAGGUUUGUCCGAUAGACCACAAAGAUCUACGGAUCAGCAUCCAAAUAUUAAUGUACCUGGUAGAAUGCAACAUCCACACGGUGGUGGUUAUACAUUAGAGCAAACAAAAAGGCCCCGCUUAGGACCUGUUAUUGAUACGCCUGAUAUGCGAGAAGGUUCAUCUAGUCCAACAUCAAGAAAGAGAAAGAAACUAAGGCGUCGAAGUAUAGAAAAUGUUAUGGAUAAUCAUGAACACUCAAAUUCCUCUGCACACUCUACUCAACCAAUUAACACAUCGACACCAUCAAUUACCUCAGGCACAGCUGCUAUAGUCGCGACAUCACAACAGCAGCAACAGCAAUCGCAGCAAUCAUUACAACAAUCCUCUGUAUCACAGCAACAACAACAGCAAGGAAAUAUUGUUGGUACAAAAAAGACUGAAAACGUUUCAAAUAUUAAACAAACAGCAGGAUCUUCUGAUGACGUUUUACUGGCUGAACAGGAUAAUCAAAUGGAACAAGAAAAACAAAUCAAAAAAGAUCAAAAUAAACAGCAACGUAAAUCUGGACAUGAUAAAGAUGAAUUAUUAAUUGAACCAAAAAAUGAAUAUGAAGAAGUUAAUGAACCAAUUGAAGAUCUAACUGAAGAUCCAGAAGAGUUAAUGGAUGAAGAAGAUUUAGAUAAUCAAGCUGGUCCAAGUCAUCAUGGUGGCGAAGGCUCUAGUCAAGGAUUUCCACAAUGGCCAGCCGACAGAUCUCAAGACGAAUUCAUCAUGACUGCACAAGACCAAGGACAACAACGGGACCCACAAGGUUCCAAGGAUACAAAAAAUCCAGCAAGAAUUAGAGUUCGCAAUUGGUUAAUGUUGGCAGAUAAAAAUAUGGUUGCAAGUAUACAAAAUUUGAAAUCUGAUUCAAUUGUUAAUGAAACUAACAUUUCAAAAAUUUCAAAAAUUGAAACUAAUAUAACUAACACCACUUCAGAUUUGGUAAAUAUUACUAACAAUAACAACAACAAUACUGUCAAAAACAAUAAUAAUAACACUAAUAGUGAAAAUGAAAUCAAUAAUAAAAAUAAUAAUGUGGACAACAUAGCUUUACCAAAGUUGAUACCAAAUUCAACAAUUUUAACUAAUAAUGACGAAGAAAUAGCUGUUACAAACGAUUCAAAUGAAACAGAUAUUGUAAUAAAAAUAGAACGCAAUUCACCUAGUCCCGCAGCAUCAUUGCUAUUAAACAAUUUAAGUGAUUUUUCAUGCGAUUUUGACGAAGAUGAUGAAGAAAGUGGCAGUGAGGAGUUUGAUGGCUCAACACCUUCUGAAUUUAAUUAUGACAUUAAACUGUCCAGUCCCGUGUCUUGGGCAUUUCAACCAGUUAAAAUAGAAAAUUUAGAUGAAGAUUAUGAUAAUAUACCAAUAAUUAAUCAGCCAAUUCAUUUACCAACUACAAUACAAACGCAGGACCAAAACUCACAAACUAUUAUCUCGUCUGCCGUAACGAACGGUGGUCUCGCAUCUGCUGUAGCUGCAAUUGCUAAUCAAUCUAUAGCGUCUAUAAAAAAGUCUACAACAACAUUAGUACCAAUUAAACAAAACUCACAACAAAGUAAAAUAAAUACAAGCGAACAAUUAUUAAAAAUAUUUAGCUCUGCUGCAUUAACAACAGCAACGACAAAAUUAAGUAAUAGCAAUAACGAUUUACCAAUAUUAGCUGGAAAUACAUCUUCCACAUUAGUGACGAUCUUACCAACUUUACCAAAUACAACUAUAGCUAAAAAAGACAGUAUAACAAACCAAAUAAUACCAAAAGGAACGAGUAUACGUUUGGUACAACAAUUGGAUUCUCCAUCAGUUACACCAAUAAUCAAUAAUAAUUUAUUGUCAUCAUCAUCAACCACGACAGUGUCAUCGACAAACAAUAACACAAACGUAGUUUCUACAACAAGUAGUAUAAUUGCCCCGGCGUCAAUUACUGGCCCUGAUGAUAAAAAAUAUCGUAUCUUAUAUCAAAAUCAAAGAAUACGUAAGGAAAGCUUAGAACAUUCCCCUGAUAUGAUUUAUAAAGGUGUUGAAGUUGAAAAGCCAUGGAUAUGCAAAAAUUGUAAUAGAGAUUAUAAAUGGAAAAAUAGUUUAAAAUGUCAUUUAAAAAAUGAAUGUGGCCAACCGCCUAGAUAUUUCUGUAAAAAAAUGUGCGGUUAUCGUACAAAUGUCCAUAGUAAUUUAAAACGUCAUAUGAAUACAAAAUGUAAAGAUGAUGAUAAAGAAGGUUGUACUAAGAAAGACCAACCAGUGCAUAUAAAUGAAAAAGAUUUAGUUACAAAUACAGUUUAGAAAACUUUGAAUAUAUCUAUAUGAGAUAUAUAAAAACCUUAAUUAACCAGACAAAAACCAAAAUAUAAUAUUUUAAUACACCUUUUCUUUGAUAUUGAGAACAUACCUAUCUCAUAAAUUUUGUUAUUAUCAUAAUCAUUAUAAUAAAAAUAUAAUAAAACAUAUU